AUGUCCUCGUUGAUUCCGGAGGGCGGCGGCGACGCUGGCGGCGAGACAAGUUUGGACGCUGCUGCCUCGCCCGCUCCUCCACCGAUGGCCAGCGGCUCAGUCGAUAAUUGGUUGGGGAGCACCAGUUUCUCGAUGCAGGCCGGCUCGCAGCAGCCGGAGGCACCGCUCUCCCAGUCAUCGCCAAUGGGUCGCAGUUUGGCUGACCAGAAGUGGGAUAUAUGGUUUCAUUUAGAAGGAAGAAACCCUGUGAAAAGGGGUAUAUUUGAGUCAGAUAUUUCUUUGCUUACUCUACAAUCACUCAUUGCUAGUGAAGGGUAUGGGGACAGUGAUUACAUGUACUAUGUGAAGGAGGAGGAAAUUGGAUUUGACAGAGUAAAGUAUUUAGGUAAUGAAGCUAGUGUUCAUGAAAUGUUGGACUUUUUUCAUCAUGUCAAGCUAGUCAACAUAAGGGUUGUGAGAAAUGUUGAACCUGGAAUUAGUACACAGGCUAAUGAGAAUUACAUGAACACUCAAGAGAGCUGUUGUGUGAAAAAGGUUGUGGAGCAAUCUGACCUUCAGAAUCAGAUAGAUGAUAGAAAGGCUCAGCUUGAGAGGAGCAGGAUUCAAAGAGAGGCAGAUUUGAACCACUUUGAAGGAGACACUGAAGUGUCUGAAUUUUGUUCUGAUGAUUCAGUUCAUUCAGAUGGUAGUGCUGAAGCUGUUCAACAAAUGGAAAUAGAGUGUGCCUCUGAAGAGGAAACACCAUUGCAAAGUACUGCUAUUGUGAAACAUGUGAAGAACCCUGGGCCAACUAGCAGAUGUCACAAUGAGGUAGAGAAAAAAUGUUUUGAAGAUUGGUUUCCUGAAGCAGAUGAGUUUUGUUUUGCUGGUGAUCCAGGCAUAAGUGAUGAGGAAGAAGAAUAUGAAGUUGAACUACCAUACAUCAUGAAGAAGGAAAAGACAAAGAGUAGUAAGAAAAAGAUGAAGGAAAGAGUAUAUUUUGACCCUUCAAUUCCCAAUUCACAUUUACUCUUGUGCAAGAGCUUGUGUUUUGAUUCUGUUUACCAGUUCAGAGAAGCAUUAAGAGAUUUUCAUAUAAGGACUUUGAGGUCUUUUCACUACCACAGGAACACUCCAACAAGAAUUAUUGUUUGGUGUUCACAGAGAGAGCAUGGAUGUGAAUUUUACAUCUGUGCCUCCAGGAUAGCUCAUGAAAGAACAUUUUGCAUUAAGAAGUGUAACAUGGAGCACACUUGUCCAGCAUCAGCAGAGAACACAAAAGUUACUACUAAGUGGCUUUCCAAAGAAGUUGAGCCAUCUCUUAGAGCAGAUCCUAGAGCACCUGUGGAUUCACUUAUUAAAAACAGCAAAGUCAAGUUUUCAGUUGAUGUAUCAAAGAGUGUGGCCUAUAGGGCAAGGAGGAAGGCUAUGAAGGUUGUACAAGGUGACCAGAAGGAGCAGUACUAUAGACUGAGGGACUACCUACAAGCAGUUCUUGACACAAACCCUGGUAGCAGGUGUGUAGUUACAACAUUUGAGGACCCAGAAAACCCUGCCCCAACACCUAGAUUUAAGUACAUGUUCUACUGCUUGCAUGCAUCAAAGCAAGGAUUUCUUAAUGGUUGCAGGCCCUUUAUAGGGCUUGAUGGUUGCUUCAUCAAGCUAACCACUGGACAACAAAUACUUGCAGCCACAGGAAGAGAUGGCAAUAACAACAUCUACCCCAUAGCCUUUGGUGUGGUUGAUAAGGAAGAUUCAGAUAGUUGGACAUGGUUCCUAACCCAGCUAAGAUGUUGCAUUGGAAGUGGUAGCAAAUUUGGAACCUACACCAUUAUUUCUGACAGGCAAAAGGGUCUUCUUAAGGCUAUAAAUGAGGUGUUCCCUGAUUCCCCUCAGAGAUACUGCCUCAGGCACAUAUAUGCAAAUUUUCAGUCAGCUGGUUUCAGAGGAGCAGAACUAAAGAAGCUAGUAGAUCAGGCUAGCUACUCAUUCACCAAACAUGGCCAUGAAUUGGCAAUGGCAGAGCUUAAAGCAGAGUGUGAGGAUGCCUGUAAGUGGCUUAAAAAAAUUCCAAAGGAGACUUGGUGUAGGUCUGCAAUGGAUUACAAUUGCAAAACUGAUCUUGUUGUGAACAACCUUAGUGAGGUUUUCAACAAAAUGAUCCUUGAUGUUAGGGCCAAACCAAUUAGGACUAUGUUUGAAGGAAUUAGGACUAAGCAGAUGAUCAAAAGGCAGAAGACUAGGGAAAAAACAGAGAACAGCAGGUGGAUGAUCACACCCAACUAUUCAGAGAAAUUAGAGGAGAAUAAGAAGUAUGCCAAAUUUUGUGAUGCAUAUAAGGCAGGUCCUGACAUUUGGCAAGUUAAUAGUAAGGAAAAUCAGUACUGUGUGAACCUAGCUACUCAAUCAUGUGACUGCAGGAGGUGGGACAUGACAGGUGUGACAUGCAGUCAUGCAAUAGCAGCAAUGAGCAAGAUUCACAUGCACCCAGAGGACUAUGUGCAUGAAUUUUUCAAAAAAGCACUAUAUAUUGAAGCAUACAAAGACAUAGUGUACCCUGUCCCUGGUCCUGAAUUCUGGCCUGACACCCAUACUCCUGAUAUUGAGCCCCUAGUGUUCAAAGAAAAAGCAGGCAAAAAACAGACAGUUAGGAGAAAGGGGCAGUUUGAGGUGCCUGCUCCAAAGGACACAAGCAGGAUGGGAACAAUUACAUGCAGCAAUUGUGGUCUACAAGGCCACAGAUAUACUAAUUGUGGGAAAGCUCUAAAACCUAGUCUUGAGAUGAGAAAGAACUUACACCAGGAGAAUAGAGAAAUUUUUAGUUCUAGUGCUACACAUCCACCUCCACAACCACCACCUCAACACCAAACUACACAGAUGCCAGCAUCAUCAGCUCCACCUCCUAAAGCAAAUAAGAGAGGUUCAACAUCAACAGUUUCAGCAGGAGCAGCCAGGUCUUCACCAGCACCUGCAACAGGAUCUGCAUCAACAAGAGCUGCAAGAACAAGAGGAUCAACAUCUACAAGAACAUUCAAUGCACCAAGAACAUUCACUGGAGAACCAGGGAUAUUGGCAGGCAAGAGGAAGAGGAAACCUCCUAGCAAGUUUGCAUCCUAUUUCAAUGCUAGUGGAAACUAUUGA